UCAGCCAUUUCCUACACUGAUCCAUUGCCAGCGUCUCUCUGCGAGGAUACAGGACGCCCCGUCUGGCCUCAUCAGCUUCAUCCGCCCCGGGCUUAGGUGAAAAACAGCAGCCGAUCCUGCCGCAGCAGACCGUGUUUUCGGGUGGAUGAGACACAGUCUAGAGGGUCGCUCUUGCACCCACUAGACCCCCGCUCCCCCCUCCCUCCUCCUCCACCCCCCCAGCUUGGCCCCUCUUGAGACAGAAAGCGGGACAAGUCACAACCACAGCCAUGGCUCUGAAGAUUGUCAAAGGGAGCAUCGAUCGGAUGUUCGAUAAAAAUCUGCAGGAUUUAGUACGUGGCAUUAGGAAUCACAAGGAAGAUGAGGCCAAGUACAUCUCCACAUGCAUCGAUGAGAUCAAACAGGAGCUCAAGCAGGACAACAUUGCCGUCAAAGCCAAUGCAGUGUGCAAGCUCACCUACCUUCAGAUGCUGGGCUAUGAUGUCAGCUGGGCCGCUUUCAACAUUGUUGAAGUCAUGAGCUCCUCCAAGUUUACAUACAAGAGGAUUGGCUACCUGGCGGCCUCACAGUGCUUUCAUGAGAGCACUGAUGUCAUCAUGCUGACAACCAAUCAGAUCCGGAAGGAUCUCAGCAGUCCCAACCAGUAUGACACAGGUGUUGCUCUGACUGGCCUCUCUUGUUUUGUGACCCCUGAUCUGGCUCGGGACCUGGCCAAUGACAUCAUGACACUGAUGUCUCACACUAAACCCUACAUUAGAAAGAAAGCGGUGCUGAUCAUGUACAAGGUGUUUUUGAAGUACCCGGAGUCUCUGCGCCCAGCUUUCCCCAGGCUGAAGGAGAAACUGGAGGAUCCAGACCCAGGUGUCCAGUCUGCGGCAGUAAAUGUUAUCUGUGAGCUGGCUCGGAGAAAUCCCAAAAACUACCUGUCUCUUGCCCCUCUCUUUUUCAAACUCAUGACCUCCUCCACUAAUAACUGGGUUCUCAUUAAGAUCAUCAAGCUGUUUGGUGCUCUCACACCUCUUGAGCCUCGGUUGGGAAAGAAACUGAUUGAACCUCUUACUAAUCUUAUCCACAGUACCUCUGCCAUGUCUCUGCUGUAUGAAUGUGUCAACACUGUUAUUGCAGUGUUGAUUUCCUUGUCGUCCGGGAUGCCUAACCACAGUGCUAGUAUCCAGCUCUGUGUGCAGAAACUGCGAAUCCUGAUAGAAGACUCGGACCAGAACUUGAAGUACCUGGGCCUGUUGGCAAUGUCAAAGAUCCUGAAGACCCACCCCAAGUCAGUGCAGUCUCACAAAGAUCUCAUCCUCCAGUGUCUAGAUGAUAAGGACGAGUCGAUCCGCCUGAGAGCUCUGGACCUGCUCUACGGCAUGGUCUCCAAGAAGAACUUGAUGGAAAUUGUAAAGAAGCUUAUGCUGCAUGUGGACAAAGCAGAAGGAACCACCUACAGAGAUGAACUUCUCACCAAGAUCAUCGACAUCUGCAGCCAGAGCAACUACCAGUACAUUACCAACUUUGAAUGGUACAUCAGUAUCCUGGUGGAGCUGACUCGACUAGAGGGCACGCGCCAUGGCCACCUCAUUGCCUCUCAGAUGCUGGAUGUUGCUAUUCGGGUCAAAGCUAUCCGAGUCUUUGCUGUUGCCCAGAUGGCCACUCUGCUGGACAAUGCCCACCUGUUGACGGGCAACGUGCAGCGAAAGGGUAUCUGUGAAGUGUUGUAUGCUGCAGCCUGGAUCUGCGGGGAAUUCUCAGAACACCUGGAGAACCCGAUGCAGACGCUAGAGGCCAUGCUGCGACCGAAGGUGGCCACCCUACCCGGUCACAUACAGGCAGUUUACGUGCAGAAUGCAGCCAAGCUGUUUGCCACUGUGCUGAAGAGCCAGGAGGGCAACACGGAAGGCACAGCAGCACAAGAAACCAGCCAGCUAAUGAUAGACAGGCUGCCACUGUUUGUACAGAGCGCCAACCUGGAAGUGCAGGAAAGGGCGUCUUGCAUCUUGCAGCUGGUCAAGUACAUCCAGAAACUUCAACAGAAGGAUGUAGAAGUAGCAGAAGAGGUCUGCGCUCUGUUUGCUGGAGAACUCAACCCUGUGGCCCCUAAGGCACAGAAGAAAGUGCCUGUUCCUGAAGGCCUGGACUUGGAUGCAUGGAUCAAUGAACCUCCAUCUGAAAGUGAGUCUGAGGACGAGCAGCCCAGGGCUAUUUUUGCCAAGGAGGAGCCCAAACACUCCCGCCCCCGCCACACAGAGGUGGAUGAGAAGGAGCUGGCAAGGAGGAGAGAAGCAAGAAAGCAGGAGCAAGCCAACAAUCCUUUCUACAUCAAAGCCUCGCCGUCCUCUCAAAAGGUGUACCAGGAAGCCCCUGGCGUGGAGCACAUCCCAGUUGUGCAGAUCGACCUCAGUGUGCCUCUCAAAGUUCCAGGUCUGCCUAUGUCUGACCAGUAUGUGAAACUGGAGGAGGAGCGUCGGCAGAAAGAGAGAGCGGAGAAGAAGAAGAAGGACAAGAAGAAGAGGAAAGAAAAGCGCAGCGGACGAGGGAAGAAACAUGAUUCAGGCCCAGAGAGCGAGGAGGACAUCACGCCUGCGCACAUGGUCGACAUAGUUACCGAAGAGAUGCCAGAGAAUGCCUUACCCAGUGAUGAUGAUGAAAAAGACCCUAAUGACCCUCAUAAAGCUCUGGAUAUCGACCUGGACAGGCCACUUGCAGACAGUGAGAAGCUCCCGGUCAGGUCACACCGGGCAGCAGAAGCCCUAAAAAGCCCAGCAGAAGACGGCGAGGCAGAGAGUGCUGCUCCACCGGAGCUGAAGAAGAAGAGCAGCAAGGACAAGAGAGAGAAGAAGAAGGAUAAAGACAGGGAUCGGAAGAAGAGCAAAGAGGAGAAGAAGAAGAAGAAACACAAACAUGAAGAAAAGGAGGAGGAUCUUCUCGGGGGUCAGGCAGAUGAGCCUGUGGUCCAACCAGAAGAAACCAGUGAGGUGGCUGCACUGCCCAGCUCCACAAGUGCUGAGGUUUCGGAUCUGGAUUUCUGGCUCUCAAACGCUCCAGUGCCCUCUAAUACCCAGGAAGCAGCAACAGUAGCAGAAGCAGCCCCCGUGCCUGAGGCGGCCUCAUGCACCGCGCCAGACUCUGAGCCUGAUGAGCCCAAAGACACAGAGCUGGAGGAGACUAAGUCCUCCAAACACAAGAAGAAGAAGCAGAAAAAGGAGAAGGAAGAGAAGGAGAAGAAAAAGAAGAAGAAGCAUCAUCACCAUCACCACCACAGUGAUGGAGGGGCAGAGGAGUCGGUGCAGAAUGGCACUGUGGAGGAGGAGGAGCCGCUGCCGCCUAUGUCCAAUUACUGCCUGCUGGCUGAGAACUCCUACAUCAAGAUGAUGAUGGAGGAUGCUGAUCAGGUGAACGACAUCCAGGGAAACCUGCAGGAUGGCAGUCAGGUGGUGGUGUCAGUUAUAUUUGAAAACAAGUGUGAAAGCUUCCUCAAAUCCAUGGAGUUCAAUGUCCUGGACUCUCUCAACUGUAAGCUGCAGAGGCCAGAGGGGUCAGGGCCACAUGACGGCCUCACUGUCCCCUUCCAACUUCCACCUGGGGUGUCCAACGAGGCUCGUUUUGUCUUCACUGUGCAGAGCAUCGUAAUGCCACAGAAACUUAAGGGAACCCUCACCUUUAUAGUAAAGAAUGAGGACUCCUCCACUCAUGAGAAACUGGACUUUAAACUGCACUUUACCUGCACCUCCUACCUAAUCACUACUCCUUGCUACAGUGAUGCGUUUGCGAAGCUGCUGGAGUCGGGCGACCUGAAGGGCAGCUCUGUCAGACUGGAGGGAGUCAACAUGCCCUUCCACCACCUACUGGCUAGGAUCUGCUUCCACCACCAUUUCUCUGUUGUGGAGAGGAUCGACUCCUGUGCCUCCAUGUACAGCAGGUCUAUCCAGGGUCAUCAUGUCUGUCUGCUGGUCAAAACUUCUGAUCAGACAGUGUCCAUUGAUGCUAAAUGUGACGAGCCGACGCUGCUUGGGAAUGUGCUAGAUGAGAUCAAGCAGACCUUCUCUCAGUGCUGAUUGUGUCGACAGCCCCAGGGUGCCCCCCCCUCGACCCCUUCCAUGCCACUCCCUCCCUGGCUGAAAAGCAACAUAAUCAUGUUAUGAAACAAUGCGGCUGGCACUUCCAGUAUCGCCCUAUUUAUUAGUCCUCAGAUUCGCAAGAUUUCUUUCCCUCCUUCCCCUCUUCUUCACUGUCGCCACAUUCCUGUUCCUCUGCACUCUGAGCUCUGUGGUCACUCUUGAUGUUGUUUUACAGACUCACUGUGUACAUUCACCAUCCUCUCUGCAAAGCAGCUUAAAUUUGACUUCCUCGUUUCCAAACCUCAGCAAGCCACCCUGUUCCUCCCCGACUGUGACUCUAUACUGAGCUCCUGUUUCUGGAUGCUCUGCUUACUCUGCUCUUUGCUGUGCAGCUCUCUCUGCCCUCCACUCUGUUGGCAAUUCAGUCUGUGACAGUCGUGUAAUGUAAUGUUGACAACUGGACUUUUGCUGUUUAUGGUUGAAUUGUGUUUUUACUGUUGAAGGUUUUUUUUUUGUCUUUGGUUUGUAUUUUGUUGUUUUGUCUUCUUUUUUUUUUGUUGUCUGAAACCUAUCUGCGCCUUCAUCUCGCCCCCUUCUUUUCACUCACUUGCCAUCAGUCGGCGUGCUGCUGGUCUGUGUUAGCCUGGAAACUUUAGACUGACUCUUUCUCAGACUGGUCCUAGCUGGAAAAAUGGAGACUCUUAACAUGCUUACCCACCACUGACCGGGUGCUUGGAGAUGACCUGACACUGAGCAACUGCAGUUAGCACAGUGCUGAGAUGAAACCAAAACUACAUAUAAGGCAUGGGUUUGAGACUUCUUUCCAAGCCGUUGCCCCAUUUGCCUCCUGGCAGGGCUCAGAGCAGAUCUUCUAGUGUAAGUUGAACAGAAUCCUUAUGUGGCGCUACGGGUGAUUUCUACAGUAGAUCAGUGUUUUGCUCUGUGCCUUAGCCGUGCGGUCUGAUCUACUCCAGCUCAUCAUGAGUCUUGUUAGAGCCCCUCUUCCCUCCCCUGAAUAUACACUCCCUGAUCAACUCAGCUAAGCUGCAUUUUGACACGCCUGUAAUAAAUGCCCUACAUAUCAUUCCUUUCAUGAGUCAAAGAAUUUAAAAACAGGAGUAUGAAAAUGAUUGAAUCAAUGAACCUCUGGCACUUGAGGGAAGGUUUUACACUGUAAUUUAAUAUUACUAUUUCACCGUGGGACAGUUUUCUGUCAGGGCUGUGUCACUUUUUGUGAGCACCAUCUCAAAUGGUUUGAUUGUACAGCAGUUGUUAUAUUAAAAAGAUACUAUUAUCUCUCCAGGAUGAGCCAGUCGAAGGCUUCGUUUGUACGAUCAAAUGACAAAUUUAAGGACAUAAGGCAGCAUAAAAAGAGCUGCCCAUGUUACGUGACUGUCCUGCCUCCUAUUGAAUCAUAAGAACAAGCCAGUGUGAAAGGAUGACUAAUGUUACACUCUGAACCUGUCUUUAUGUUAAAAACCGCUCUGCAUAUCAGGGUUCUGAAGUUGUUCUCUCAGUUAACACGGAGACAAUUAAAUGGUCAGUGAUUUAAGGUUCUCUUAAUCAGUUAUAGGCGAUGUGGCUUCCACUAUACCGAAGCAUCACUCUGUACUUUACGUUAAAUCAUGCGAAGCAUUUACGCCUGUGCCACUCCACAAGUAGCUUUACCCGUGCUGGCAUGAACCCAGAUUAACCCCAGUGUUCCCUUUCCCUCAAAAAAACUGCCUUACCUUUUUUUUUUUUUUUUUUUUUUGUGCUUUGACAUGUUACGAUGAGCAUAAAUGGCCAUUUUUUGUAAACAAAUGGCCUCAUCGCAGAAGUCUGAGGUACUUGAUGUUAUAGUUUGUUUCUUUCAUGUCUUAGGACAUUACCCGGUCCAGCACGACUUAACCUAGUAGUAGCAAGAUUAAAACUGACUUGGUAGCGUCUCUGAUCAUAUUUUCUGGUAAGGCCAUCUUUACAUCUGUCUGCUAUUGUAGAUAACUAUGAUAAUGAUGUCUGUGACUUGAACACCAGGUCAGCCAUUCCAUAAGAUCUUCUUUCCAGUAGUAGAGUUUAAAUGAAGAGGUGAUGAGCUGUAUUUCAGGAAUGUCAACAGAAAAUAUGUAUGUAUCCCCUGUUCCUGAAAAUUACUGAUAAGUGAAACUGAAAAAAAACCUGACUUCCCUAAUCAUACAUUGUCCUAAUUCUGAUCUUUUUACCUGUGCAUAAAAUUGAUUAAAAUUUGUAUAUUGCAUGAUUAGGAAUGUACACUUUUUAUUUCCCUAUUUUCUGUUCCAUUGACAAUGCUUACACAAACAAGAACUUGUCAUUCCAUUUGUUCUAUUUCUUUAUUUUUUUUAAUGAAGUUUACUUGACCAUUCUUUAUUUUUGAUGGUAUUGUGUUUUUAACUAUUCUGAGUUUAAACAAUAUACAACAGAUAUUAUUGAAUGUUUUAAAUUAUUUUCACAGAGGAAGGAAGGGUGUUCUCUUAAGUGUCAUGACACUGAGGGCAUGGGGCUCCAAAAAAUAUCAUUUGGGUAGAACAGACUAUGUGACGCAGUGUACUGAGAGGCAACCCACUCUGUCUUAAUUCUUGGUUCAGUUGUAGUGAUUUAUUUUACCAAGUUUGACUUGUGACAUUGAAAUAUACUCUCAUAUGAUUCUGAGUCUGAAGGUCCGGUCUUUUUAUUUCUCCAUAUUCAAUUAUCAAACUGUACAAUGUAAAAUGUUUCAAAGAGGACAACAUAAGAUAUCUACAUUCCCUUUGAAGAAAGUCCACUGAAUCAAAAAUAAAGGCUAAAAGCAGC